AUGAUGGGAGAAAAAGAGAAAGAGGUUAGACAAGACUCUAUAAGAUUGCUGAAUUGGCUGGGUAAGCUAGGGGUGAAGGUGUCUAAGGACAAAUUACAGUUUGUACAGCGGAAGGUGAAAUAUUUGGGGCAUUUGUUAGAAGGGGGAACAAGAAAAUUGGAUCCAGAAAGAGUCAAGGGGAUCUUAGAAUUACAACCCCCUAAGAACAAAACAGAUGUGAGGAGAAUGCUGGGACUCCUGGGAUACUGUAGACUGUGGAUAGACCAAUUUGCCAAGCUGGUUCGGUUUUUAAACCAAAAACUAGUCGGAGACGGUGAAAUAACAUGGGGACAAGAUGAUGAACAAAGAUGGGAAGAAGUAAAGAAAACAUUAAUAGGGGCCCCGGUCCUAGCACUACCGAAUCUCCAACAGCCAUUCCACUUAUAUGUAACCAUCAGCUCUCAGACUGCUGUCGGAGUUUUAGCCCAAAAGAGGGGGGGGCGGUAUCAGCCAGUAGCCUAUCUCAGCAGAACCCUGGAGCCAGUAGUGCGAGCAUGGCCCACGUGCAUCCAGGUGGUGGCAGCAGCGGCUGAAUUGGUAGUUGAAAGCAGAAAGCUAACUUUUGGAGGAGCCCUAAUUGUUCAUAGUCCCCAUCAAAUAUCCACGGUGCUGACUGGGGCAGCCUCCACCUGGAUGACGGAUGGCCGCUUAACGCACUAUGAAACAGUGCUAAGAACAAGCCCUGAUAUCACACUGGGAACUGAUCGGAAUCUAAAUCCGGCAGAAUUCCUGAUAGGAGAAAGGAAAGAAUGGGAACCGGAUGAACACGACUGCUUGGGCACAAUACAAUUAAUGGCAAAGGUCCGAGAAGAUUUAUCUGAAACCCCUUUAACAAUGGGAGAGAGAUGGUACAUAGAUGGGUCUAGUUAUGUUAAGGAGGGAAAAAGGAAAUCAGGAUAUGCUGUAGUCAAGGAGGAUGGGGAGGUGAUCGAAAGUGGGGCCUUGCCGGCGAAUUGGUCGGCCCAGAAAAGUGAAAUCAUGGCCUUGACCCGGGCCCUCGAGUUGGCUAGGGGCCUGGAAGUAACCUUAUGGACCGAUUCCCGUUAUGCAUGGGGUGUGGUGCAUACUUUCGGGAGGACCUGGCGAGACCGAGGGUUCAUUAAGGCAAAUGGGAAACAGAUAGAACACAUGGCCUUGUUGGAAAGGCUGUUGGAUGCCCUUACUGGACCAGAAAAGGUUGCAGUGGUACAUAUCCCCGCUCACACCAGGGGUACUACCCCUGAGGAAGCUGGAAAUAGAUGGGCUGAUUUGAGGGCAAAAGAAGCCGCUAAGGGAGUGCCAAACGAGAUAACAAUACAGCAAUGUACCCUGAGGGUGCCCAUUCUUACCACGGCUGACACAGAGAAUUUAACUUUCACCUCUCAAGAGAUAGAAUAUAUAACAAGAGAGGAAUGGGAAAAGAAGGGUAAGGAAUGGAGGACCCCAGAGGGACAAAUAGUACUGCCAAAGACUGUAAUGAUGGGGAUUCUAGAGAAGAUACAUGAGAGUGGACAUUUCGGGACAGAGGCUAUGGUUAACCUGGUGAAAUCAUUGUAUUGGAGUAAAGAUAUGUGGCCCAUGGCCCACUCCAUAGCCUGGAAAUGCAUAAUCUGUCACAAGGUAAAUAAGGCCAAAGCGAAGAAAACAGAAAAAGGGGGAAGACCUCUAGCAGUAUGGCCAUACCAAAGAAUACAAGUGGAUUUCACAGAGCUACCAGAGAAGGGAGGUUAUAAACAUCUUCUGGUAUUCAAAGAUCAUCUUACAGGAUGGGUGGAGGCCUUCCCAAGUCGAAAAGCAACAGCACAGGUAGUAGUCAAGGCCAUUCUGGAACAUAUAGUCCCCCGGUUUGGUAUAAUAGAAGCCAUAGACUCAGACCGCGGCACCCAUUUCACACAGAAGGUUCUACAGGAAGUAAUGACAGCCCUAGGAAUCAAAUGGGACCUUCACACGCCGUGGCAUCCAGAGAGUAGCGGGAAGGUGGAAAGGGCAAAUGCAGAAAUAAAAAACAUUUAACUAAAUUAUAUUUAGAAAAUGGAUUACCAUGGACAAAAAACCUUCCUUUGGCUUUACUAAGGAUGCGUAUAGCCCCCAGAAAGGACUUAGGGGUAUCCCCAUUUGAGUUGAUGAUGGGAAGACCAUACUUGGCGCAACUAGGUCAACCGAUGGUGGAGUUCAAAGACUUGUUUAUUAGAAAGUAUUUGCAAUCACUCUCCCAGUCUUUGUUGUCUCUUCAUAGACGCGGUAUCCUGGCCCAACGCCCUCCGCUACUGGAGCAGCAACACAGUUUCCAGCCUGGUGACCUGGUCCUGA